CACCUCUCCACUUGCACCACCUCUCAGUAUUGUUGUUGCUGUUCUUUUUUUGAAUACUCUCCCACAUGGCGGUCUCCGACAUCGAAGCAGUGAUAAAAUUCUUGAGAAAGAAUGGACUCUCUGAGUCUGAAUCGGCUCUCAUGGAGGAUAUUCUUGAGAAAUCUAAACUGGGUUCUGCUGAUUUCGAGCGCUUUUUGUUUCCGAUGGUCCCGCCACCUCCGCCGCUGAAGAUUCCGUCGAUUCGGCGGCAAUCGGAGGAGGAAUUGGGUUUGCGUCCGGUUGACUCGAACUCGGGUUCUUCUGAUGAUGAGUUCGUGAGCUUGGGUUCUUCUACUACUGAAUUGUGUUCUUCAGAAUUUACCAAUCCUUAUGGAGUUGGCACGGCGACAGGAGCUAAUUCACAAGCUUCAUCAGAUAGGUUGUCUCAAUUUGGCACAGCACGUGAUUACCAUGAUUUUGACAUGCAAAAUGACCUGUAUUGGUACAAGGAGAAAGAUGAAGACUAUGCUAUGCCCCAUUAUUUUGGUGGGUCGGACUGCUUUGGUGGUCCAAGUGAGGACAAGUUUGUCAUGACUCAAGAGACAGAGAAGCAAAGGGAGGACCAAUCCGGUUUGAAUCCUAUAUGUGCAGAUUUUCAAUCAGUGGAGAUAACUAAUUAUUUGGAUAAGCCAUGGCCUUUUGAUGUUACCUCAACAAAUGAUAUAGAAAAAGUGGUUGGAGUUACCGAUUAUUUUAAUUUGGAUGCCAAAAAUCUCCUACUUGAACGAGGCAUUGAAAAGGACAAAGAGGUUCUUGCAGUUUAUAGCUGCUUAUCCCCCCUUUGUGUAUGCUGUGCUGAAGGACGAGAGAAUCAUGGCAGGGAUCCUGCGGAUUACAAUCUUGGAGUUCUUAAAGUACCUGAGAUAGAUGGUUUUCAGAAAAGCGCCAAGGGGGUAAAUUCUGAAUGCGAUUCUGCCCUGGAGUAUAAUAAUAAUAAAUGUUGUGAUCACCCUACGAAAAGGGAUUCCAUUUACGAUGUCUUCGGAGAUUUUAAGAGUAAUGCUGACUUUCAUUCUCGGGUAGCCAACAAAGAUUUGCUCUCAAAUGAAUAUGACAACAAUGACUAUGCAGAUGCUCAAGAAGUGGUUGGAGAACCCCAUGCGCCUGAUGCUGUUUCAGGUGACGAGGGUGGUGUUGCUUCCGAUGAGCUUCAAAUGUAUAGUAACGAGGAUGAAUAUGAAGUAUUUAACUUGAGAAUCAUACACAGGAAAAACAGGACUGGAUUCGAAGAGAACAAGGAUCUGCCUAUUGUCAUAAAUAGUAUCAUUGCUGGCAGAUAUUAUGUAACAGAAUACCUAGGUUCGGCCGCAUUCAGCAAAGUUGUUCAAGCGCAUGAUCUUUGCACGGGAAUGGACGUUUGCUUGAAGAUCAUAAAAAAUGAUAAGGAUUUUUUUGAUCAAAGUCUGGAUGAGAUCAAGCUUCUGAAGUUUGUAAACAAGCAUGAUCCUGGUGAUGACCGCCACAUUUUACGUCUUUAUGAUUACUUUUACUUCCAGCUUAUUCAUCCGUCAAAUAGUUCAGAAUUUACCAAUCCUUAUGGAGUUGGCACGGCGACAGGAGCUAAUUCACAAGCUUCAUCAGAUAGGUUGUCUCAAUUUGGCACAGCACGUGAUUACCAUGAUUUUGACAUGCAAAAUGACCUGUAUUGGUACAAGGAGAAAGAUGAAGACUAUGCUAUGCCCCAUUAUUUUGGUGGGUCGGACUGCUUUGGUGGUCCAAGUGAGGACAAGUUUGUCAUGACUCAAGAGACAGAGAAGCAAAGGGAGGACCAAUCCGGUUUGAAUCCUAUAUGUGCAGAUUUUCAAUCAGUGGAGAUAACUAAUUAUUUGGAUAAGCCAUGGCCUUUUGAUGUUACCUCAACAAAUGAUAUAGAAAAAGUGGUUGGAGUUACCGAUUAUUUUAAUUUGGAUGCCAAAAAUCUCCUACUUGAACGAGGCAUUGAAAAGGACAAAGAGGUUCUUGCAGUUUAUAGCUGCUUAUCCCCCCUUUGUGUAUGCUGUGCUGAAGGACGAGAGAAUCAUGGCAGGGAUCCUGCGGAUUACAAUCUUGGAGUUCUUAAAGUACCUGAGAUAGAUGGUUUUCAGAAAAGCGCCAAGGGGGUAAAUUCUGAAUGCGAUUCUGCCCUGGAGUAUAAUAAUAAUAAAUGUUGUGAUCACCCUACGAAAAGGGAUUCCAUUUACGAUGUCUUCGGAGAUUUUAAGAGUAAUGCUGACUUUCAUUCUCGGGUAGCCAACAAAGAUUUGCUCUCAAAUGAAUAUGACAACAAUGACUAUGCAGAUGCUCAAGAAGUGGUUGGAGAACCCCAUGCGCCUGAUGCUGUUUCAGGUGACGAGGGUGGUGUUGCUUCCGAUGAGCUUCAAAUGUAUAGUAACGAGGAUGAAUAUGAAGUAUUUAACUUGAGAAUCAUACACAGGAAAAACAGGACUGGAUUCGAAGAGAACAAGGAUCUGCCUAUUGUCAUAAAUAGUAUCAUUGCUGGCAGAUAUUAUGUAACAGAAUACCUAGGUUCGGCCGCAUUCAGCAAAGUUGUUCAAGCGCAUGAUCUUUGCACGGGAAUGGACGUUUGCUUGAAGAUCAUAAAAAAUGAUAAGGAUUUUUUUGAUCAAAGUCUGGAUGAGAUCAAGCUUCUGAAGUUUGUAAACAAGCAUGAUCCUGGUGAUGACCGCCACAUUUUACGUCUUUAUGAUUACUUUUACUUCCAGGAGCAUCUAAUUAUUGUUUGUGAACUCCUCCGAGCAAAUCUGUAUGAAUUCCAGAAAUAUAAUCGAGAAUCUGGUGGAGAGCCUUAUUUUACAGUGAGCAGGCUGCAGGUCAUAACCCGGCAAUGUUUGGAGGCAUUGGAGUACUUGCAUGAAUUGGGAAUCAUGCACUGUGACCUAAAGCCUGAGAAUAUUCUUAUUAAAAGUUAUCGGAGGUGCGACAUAAAGGUUAUUGAUCUUGGAAGCAGUUGCUUCCAGACAGACAACUUGUGCCUAUACGUUCAGUCUCGUUCCUACAGGGCUCCUGAAGUCAUCCUAGGCCUCCCAUAUGACCAGAAGAUCGACCUUUGGUCUCUUGGCUGUAUUUUGGCUGAGCUAUGUUCUGGGGAAGUGCUUUUACCAAAUGAAGCAAUUGUGAUGCUGCUUGCACGCAUGAUUGGGAUGCUUGGUCCUAUUGAUGAGGAUAUGUUGAUGAGGGGGCAAGAGACCUACAAGUAUUUCACUAAAGACUAUGAUCUUUAUCUUAUAAAUGAGGAGACAAAUCAGCUUGAGUACAUUAUCCCUGAGGAAUCAUCAUUGGAGCACCACCUGCAGGUUUCAGAUAUUGGGUUUAUCAGUUUCGUAAAGGAAUUGCUUGAAAUUAAUCCUCAGAGGCGCCCUACUGCAAGAGAAGCGCUAGAGCAUCCUUGGCUUUCCCAUUCAUAUGAGCUGAAUUCUUACUGAGUUUAUAGAGUGUUGGAUGUGCUAAUGAGUUCCUCUAAUCGGAUUUGAAGCAGCUGGAUUUUCGCGUCAUUUGAGUUCAGUUCUUGCUAAGUUUGUAGAGGAACGGGUGUUCUUAAUGAGUAUAUCACAUCAGUUUGAAGCAGCGCUACCUUUCAGUCAGCUCAAGCCCAGCACAAAUCCAGUGUAUGUUGUUGAUGCCACUUCGGGUUAGUACAUAUUCUACUAUACUUGCUUAUGUGGUAUAUUUUUUUCAAUUAACAAUUUUUUUCAUUUUUGAGGUGUUUUCUUUAUAGAUUUAUUCUGCAUCUCUUCGGGUUGUUUGGGAUAUAUCAUUCAUGGGGCGGUGGGGAGGGUGUUUGUGGGGGAAGAUAGUGAUUUUUUCGUUUGUUUUGGUUGUAUUUGCUACAAUUGCUUGCUCAUAUGUAUAGGAUAGCAAAAAAAAAAACAUUUAAACUCAUACUCAAUUUCUCAUAAUGUCAUAGGCUGCAUACAAAUGUACUGUAUGAU